AUGAAUGCACGAACAACUUUACCAAGCAUUUCGUCAUCCCAGUCCUGUAAUGGCGGCAAGUCAGGUAUCAAAUCUAAGGCAUCCCCAAUUAAUUUUUUGUUGGCCACAUACCCACCUAAUUGUUGUCUCAUAGUUUCCAAUGUCGAUGAUUUUGUACCAAUAUGUCUUCUGACCACAGACCCCCAUCUUUCCUUCAAGUUUCCCAAUAUCCAUUGGAAAAUCUCAUCUUGCAACCAUUCAAUAUCCUGCAAUGGAUCAUAUCCCCUUGUUGCUUUACCCUCGGCAUCAGUGGUUCCACUGGCAUCAACAAUAUGUAUCAAACAAUCUGCUUCUGUCAAAUCACUUAAAAACUUGUUUCCCAACCCUCUGCCCAAGUGGGCGUUUGGCACCAAUCCCGCAACAUCCAACAACAUUAUAGGUACACCUCUCUUCCCGUUACGACAAUAUCCAUAA